UUUUGAGGAUAUUUUCCAGUGACAAACAGACAGCCACUAAUUACAGUACUACCCUGAAAUUGAAACAGCGAUUGCUGAGGUAUGAAGCAAAGCAUGGUGUUCUUAAUAGCGUUAAAAGAAAGAAAGAGAACAGCACAGUAAAGCCUGACUGCGGCAGAGCUGAUGGAUUUUGUGUCUCUGUUUCUCCCUUUUUUCGUUGUAAAGCUUGUUGUCAAAUUAAAAUACUCUAACUGCUUCAUCAUUAUAAGUCUCUUCCAAGCCACCACCAUUAAUAAUUAAGCCCUUUGUGCCAGAAAAGAGAAACCCAUUAAUUUUUCCACUCUAUUUAUCCAAAACCAUGCAAUGUGAAUCAAAACAUAGCCGCUUUCAGUUUCAGCUCUCCUUUGAACCGUAGAAACUAAUCUGUAUUGUGGAUUGCUGGGUUUUUUUGUAACUAUGUUGGGCCUAGUCUCUGCAAAAACCACACCAAAUGCCACACCACAACAUGUUUCCUUUCCUCAGAACGACAAUUGCAUCCAUAAAAAGGGCUAUGAAACUCCAUCUCCUCUACUAAAACGAACCCCAUCACCCUCCUUCGCCAAACCAAAAAUCAAACCUCCUAACAAGACACUGCAAGAACUACGCACCCAUGAAUCGUCUCUUGAUAACCCGGAUCUGGGUCCCUUUUUAUUAAAGCUUGCCAUAGACACCGUAGCUUCCGGUGAUGACCAUAAUAAGGCCUUGGAUUAUGCCGCCCGUGCGUCCAUAUCGUUUGAGAAAUCCUCGGGUCCAGGUCGGGACCUGGCUAUGAGCUUGCAAGUAGAAGCAGCGAUCUAUUGCAGCAUGGGCCGGUUGGAGGAUGCAAUUCCGGUUCUAAAACGGUCUAUUGAGGCUCUGGAUCAUAAAAACGGGUCGGAUCAUGCGGUGGCGAAGUUUUCCGGGUUCAUGCAGCUUGGUGACACGUAUUCUAUGCUGGGGCGAGUAGACCGAUCCAUAUCAUCUUAUGAGUCGGGUUUAAAGAUCCAAACUGAGACUCUCGGGGAUUGGGAUCCCAGUGUUGCUGAGACUUGCAGGUACUUAGCCGAGGCUUAUGUUCAAGCAAUGCAGUUUGACGAGGCAGAAAAACUAUGCCAAAGGAGCCUUGAAAUUCACAGGGUGCAUAAUGCCCCAGCAUCACUUGAAGAGGCAGGUGAUCGCCGGCUUAUGGCUCUUAUUUAUGAAGCAAAGGGGGACUAUGAAUCUGCACUUGAGCACCUUGUCCUUGCUAGUAUGGUGAUGAUUGCUGCUGGUCAGGAAAAUGAAGUUGCUGCCAUUGAUGUUAGCGUUGGCAAUAUCUAUGUGUCCCUUUGUCGAUUUGAUGAAGCCAUUUUUUCUUAUCAAAAAGCCUUAACAGUCUUUAAAUCCAUAAGAGGAGAUGAUCACUCUACCAUUGCAUCAGUCUAUAUUCGCUUGGCAGAUGUGUAUUGUAAGACAGGCAAGCUAAGAGAAUCCAAAUCAUAUUGUGAGAAUGCCUUGAGAAUAUUUUCAAAGCCAGUGCGUGGAAGUGCAACCGAGGAGAUUGCUAGUGGGCUGACUGAAAUCUCAGCCAUCUAUCAAGCUUUAAAUGAGCACGUGGAGGCGUUGAAGCUCUUGGACAUGGCAAUGAAGUUGUUGAAGGAUACCCCAGGGCAACAUAGCAUGAUUGCGGGAAUAGAAGCACAUAUGGGGGUGAUGUUUUACAAGGUUGGAAGGUACGGGGAGGCUCGAAGUUCCUUUAAAAAUGCUGUAGCAAAGCUCCGGGCUAGUGGGGAGACUAGAUCAGUCUUCUUUGGGAUUGUGUUGAACCAGAUGGGAUUGGCCAGUGCACAACUGUACAGGAUAGAUGAGGCAGCUCAGUUGUUUCAAGAAGCAAGGGAGAUUUUAGAGCAGGAAUGUGGCUCAUGUCACUUGGAUACGAUUGGAGUGUAUAGCAACCUUGCAGCAACUUACGAUGCUAUGGGAAGUCACUUAUUUGGCUUUAUCAUACCGUCGAACCAGGCGAAACUCUUCAUUUUCUACUACGCAUGGCAAUCGUUUUGCAUAGGCUGGUUUUUACUACUGGUUCACCGAAGGUGUCUACCAGGAAUAACGAUCCCUUUUCCCCCCCUCAAUAUCUACUCCAGAUGUUCUUAGAUUGUCUUGAAAUCCUCGUAUUUUGCUUGGUAAAAUCUUCAACCUGACUAUAUGGGACCUAUUUAUGAUUAUGGCAUUUUGCUUUGGCAUUUUUUGGAUUGGACCACCUAUUCACCAAUCUUACAUACUGGGUGAUAUUUGAAGCCAUAGUGUAUUCGCUCAAUGUUAUGUGGCAUAAUGCAUUGCAAAAAUUCCAGCAAGUCCCUGAUGCAAGUUUCAGUGGGUUAGCUUAUUGGAGAAACUUUUGUGCAUUUGUUGAUUACAUUUAGGUAUUCAAUUUAUGCGAUUACUUUUCAAAGCCAAAAGUUGAGGUUCCUCUGUUGUUGGAGGCGCUGUACUGAAUGG